AUGAGCAGCAGGAGACCAUCAGACUUCUCACUGAACCGCAAAGCUUCAAACGAGUCUGUCAGCUCGAUCGCCACAGCACGAUCAGGAACCUCCGCCAUCUCCAACGGCACCUCAGUCACAUCUGGCCAAUCUGACCGAUACGCCAUCAGAGCGCCAAGUUUCGACCCUUGCGCUCUCCCUGCUCUGCCGCCGAAGCGGACGCAAGAAGACAAGGAUGCUUCGUACAAAAAGUACAAUAAAGCUGCGGCUACCACGGCCAGAUUUCAGCAACUCAAGUCGACGAAGUCGAGUCCUAAUGUCCAGCAGAAGCAGACGGGGACUACGCCUCCGCCUCCGGCGAGACAGAUGAGUGUCUUGCCUGCGCCUGGUCUGCCUUCACGGACGCCACCUCAGACGUCUGUGGUGCAGGAGGAGAGGCCUGCUCAGCCUGUGCCGCCUCUGCCGAGGCAGCUGAGUGGGUUGUCUGCUCCGAGUCUGCCUACACGCACGCCAUCUCAGACGUCUUCAGCGCAGGAACAGACGCCGGCACAGCCCAUACCGCCUCCGCGGCCGCAGAGGCAGAUGGUUGAGCCGCCCCCAAGGAAGUCGGCACUGUCGUUUGGGAUGAAUCAAGGUGCAGCUGCCAAUCCUCCGGUCCCUGCUGCAAGCCCAAACUCGGUAGCAAAUGCUCAAGAGAUAGCAGGGCCGCCGCCUAUACCUGCAUCCUCGAAGCCUGACUUGGCUGCACUCCAAGCUUCGAAGCCGAAGAUGAAUGGCAAUGCUGCUUCGACUGCUGCGCCUACAGGAGGCUCAUGCCUUCUAUGUCGAGACUUCUCAGCACCAGAUGCCCACGCCGAACGCUUCCCGCGGCAGUCGAUACCAUCUCAAGACAUAGGCUGGCUCGCUCAACAACUCACUGCUCCUUUCCCAUCGCUCACAGACAAAGCUCGUGCGCUCUUCACCUGGCUCCAUCACAAUGUCGAAUACGAUACCGUCGCCUUUUUCAACCACAACGUCAAACCGUCAACACCGCAAUCAACCCUAUCUUCAGGACUCGCAGUCUGCGAAGGCUACGCCGGCCUGUUCGCCGCGCUGGCAGUGAAGGUCGGCCUCGAAGCCGUCGUCGUAGGCGGCCAUGGCAAAGGCUACGGCUAUUCCAGACUCCAGCCCGGACAGCCGCUGCCAACUUAUAGCGCCGGUCACGCCUGGAACGCCGUUAAAAUCGACGGCGGGCAAUGGAAGCUCAUCGACUGCUGUUGGGGCGCUGGAAAUGUCAAUGGCAAGAACCAACCUUAUCAGAAACACUUCUCGCCUGAGCGCUUCACGCAGUCGAACGAGGAUUUCGGGCUUGACCACUUCCCUGGCGACAACAGCAAACAGUUCCGCAAUGAUGGAAGAGUGGUGUCUUGGGAAGAAUACAUCACCGCCAACAAAGCCGGCUGCGGCGCCGACUUCUUCUCCGGCUACGUCUCAAGCGAAGGUCUCACAUCGAAGAGUUUCCAGCCCGUCGCGAACCCCAUCGUCCACUCCCAGCUACCUGGACCGACCAUCCGCUUCUCAUUCCAAAAGAAGUGCCCCCACUGGGAUCCCGUGCGUUGCGGCAAGGGACCGUAUUAUCUCUACAUCCUCGCGCUCGACGGGCUGGAGAAGACAGGCAGGAAUCACGUGCCCUUUGAGACGAACGGGGAGGUCUGGUGGUGCGAUGUCCCGGUUGCGGAUCUGGGAGCAGCGGGUGGGAAGGCAGCGAUUUUCGCGGUGACGAAUUUCGAUGGACAGGAUGGGAGGGGGUUGACGAUACAACGGUAUAGGGAGAGGAAGGGACGGUGUGGGUUUCAGUUUGGGGGGGUUUGUAAGUGGGAGAUUGCAUAG